AUGUCACCAUACAAUUUGGUAUUUGGGAAGGCGUGUCAUUUACUAGUAGAGUUGGAGCAUAAAGCUUGGUGGGCGUUAAGACGGUUGAAUCUUGAUAGUAAAGCUGCAGGAACAAGUAGAGUGACAGAGUUGUACGAGCUUGGCGAGUUCAGAUAUCAUGCUUUUGAGAGCACAAGAUUAUAUAAGGAGAGAAUGAAGAUGAUACAUGAUAGGAAUAUUAUUGAACGGAAUUUUAAACUUGGAGAUACAGUAUUGCUAUACAAUUCACGUUUGAGGUUAUUUCCGGGUAAAUUGAAAUCACGAUGGUCAGGGCCUUUUCGUGUGGUUGCAAUUCACCCCACAGGUGCCGUAAAGAUUGCUGCAGAAAAUGACUCUCGCACAUUCAGAGUCAAUGGGCACAUGUUGAAACAUUAUGUGGGCAUGGAUAAGGCAAAAGGGUAUCAGACCCAUUGA